AUAGGAAAGCUUGUAGAUGCUUGAGGUCUCGUUAGAAAUAGGUCGAUCAAUUCAAGUCACUCAAAGGACACUCUGCUGUAGAUGAAGGGGUAUUCACAUCUGCGCACUUCGAGUCUUGAAUGAAAUUCUAUGAGCGCGUAUUAUUCUUGGCACAGAAAUAGGACGUAUUUCUUUUUCUUGGCAUCUCUAGCUCUCUUUUUCAACCGAGAGCGCAGUGAAAUAGUCAAGCUUCAAACUAUAACCUUCUUUUUCAGGGUCACGCCAGCUUCAGUUAUAAUUGCUCAUAUAGUGAGCAGAUUUUGAAGGCGAGAAGCUUUUAUUAAAAUGAUCCCUUCUAUUUUCGGGGUGGGUUAUUUUCUCUAUUUGAGAACGAGACUUGUUUUAAAUUGUACAGCUCGUUGGUACAUACCGUGUAGUAUUGUGAAACACUCGGGCACCCGCUGCAGUGCACGGACAUAUAAAUUAUUACCUUUGUUUUGAACAAGUUGUUGAACGCACCGAAUGUCACUUCAAAUCCAAAAUGGCGAACAUGCGAGGUCACAUAUCGUGGCCCAAUCAGAACGCGACAGUGCUGUGUACCCCACGUGGGACUGACGCGCUGUGAUUGGUCUUCGGCGCUAAACUCCUCCGGAGAACCCAAUUGGUUAGCGCGAGGCCCCUCUCUCGGCAGUCGGGUCCUCGUGUCAGUGCACAGUCUGUGUGUGGUACAGCGCGCGGCAGAGGAACUGGGUACCCAACUGCAGGCUGGCGGUGCGUUUCACAACGGCCGACAUUUUAAACAAGAAAAAAAAAAGAACCGCUUGAGUCGCAAAAUAAUAAUCCCUGGACUUACUGGAAGAGUUUCGAGCUGCUACUGGAUCUAACAGAGGCUUUCUUUGAAGUUGUCUGCGGUCAAAAACUCGUCCCAGUCGAGGGGUUUCCAGCGUCCGAGCGGACUGAGCGGCGCUCUCAGUCUCGGGAAUCACCGGGGCUUUUAAAGGACUCUCAAGGGGGCAAAGAAGAGCAAAGAAGUGUAUGAAAAACAGAAACGACGACGGACAAUUGUCUGCGGUGAACGUUACAGAUUACCGGAUAUUAAGCUUCGUGUGGAUAAUAUUUUUUUCAUAUACAUUAUUCUUACCUGUGCAGAGGAGAGGAGGAGAGGAAUCAGUCGAGACAAAGGUACAAAAGAAAGGAGCUGAUCCAUCCGCUGGGCUGGCUCUGAGUGUGCGCCUCGCAGCCGAGAACGAGGCUUUGUCCGCCGCCAUCCUGCGCAUAUCGGGGAGGGGGUGGCGGGGAUUUACCGCACCUUCACUGGGAUUACGGAAAGAAAGCACGAGAAAAACAACACACCGACUCCCGUGUGAAAAAAAAGACUAGACAUGUAUCCACAAGGCCGGCAUCCGGCUCCUCACCAGCCAGGGCAGCCUGGCUUCAAGUUCACAGUAGCAGAGUCCUGCGAUAGGAUCAAAGAUGAAUUUCAGUUCCUGCAGGCCCAGUACCACAGCCUUAAAGUAGAAUACGACAAACUGGCCAACGAAAAGACGGAGAUGCAGCGUCACUACGUCAUGUACUAUGAGAUGUCCUACGGGCUUAACAUUGAGAUGCACAAACAGACUGAGAUUGCCAAGCGCCUCAAUGCAAUUCUGGCUCAGAUCAUGCCAUUCUUGUCACAAGAGCAUCAACAGCAGGUGGCUCAGGCUGUUGAACGGGCCAAGCAGGUGACAAUGACUGAGCUGAAUGCUAUCAUCGGGGUACGUGGACUUCCCAAUCUGCCUCUGACUCACCUGCACCCGCCUCGUGGCGUCUACCCAGCCUUCACGCAGCAGCAGCUUCAGGCUCAGCACCUCUCUCACGCUGCCCACGGUCCCCCGGUCCAACUGCCCCCUCACCCUUCAGGCCUGCAGCCACCCGGCAUCCCCCCCGUGACGGGCGCUGGCUCCGGCCUGCUGGCUCUAGGCGCUCUUGGCAGCCAAGCCCACCUGCCUGUGAAGGAUGAGAAGAACCACCACGACCUGGAGCACCGAGGCCCCUCAUCUUUUCACUCGCCCCUGGCCAUUCCUCUGAAAGAACGCGAGUCGAGCACGAAUAACUCAGUUUCGCCAUCAGACAGCCUGCGGGCAGCAAGCGAGAAGCACCGCAGCUCAUCAGACUAUGGUCUCGAGUCCAAGAAACGCAAAGUGGACGACAAAGACAGCAUGAGCAGAUAUGACAGUGAUGGAGACAAAAGUGAUGACUUGGUGGUGGAUGUCUCCAAUGAGGAUCCGGCCACCCCUCGAGUUAGCCCCGCUCACUCCCCUCCUGAAAACGGGCUGGAUAAAUCACGAGUCCUGAAGAAAGAUGCUGCCCCCAACAGCCCCGCCUCUGUCGCCUCUUCGGGCAGCACGCCGUCCUCUAAAGCUAAGGACCACGCCCAUAAUGACAAGUCAUCUACGCCAAGCUUGAAGUCAAACACGCCUACACCGAGGAACGAGGCGCCGACACCUGGAACAAGCACCACUCCAGGACUACGGCCUCUAACUAUGGGCAAACCGUCCGGCAUGAUGGAGGCAUUGGCCGCACCAGCCCUGCGUACCCCCCUGUCCAUCGCCGGUUCUUAUGCCACUCCCUUUGCCAUGAUGGGUCAUCACGAGAUGAACGGAUCCCUGACGAGUCCUGGCGUGUAUCCGGGUCUCAUUUCCCCACAGAUGAGCGCUGCAGCCGCCGCCGCCUACGGACGCUCGCCAAUUAACAGAGACAAUUACAUCCGCUCCUGCAAGCUGUUGCCUGAUGGCCGCACCCUAAUAGUGGGUGGCGAGGCCAGCACACUGACCAUCUGGGACCUGGCCUCACAGACGCCCCGCAUAAAGGCUGAGCUCACUUCCUCUGCCCCAGCUUGCUACGCACUGGCUAUCAGCCCUGACGCCAAGGUCUGCUUUUCCUGCUGCUCCGAUGGAAACAUCGCUGUGUGGGACCUCCAUAACCAGACCCUGGUCAGGCAGUUCCAGGGCCACACGGAUGGAGCCAGCUGUAUUGACAUCUCCCACGACGGGACCAAACUGUGGACCGGAGGACUCGAUAACACGGUCCGCUCCUGGGAUUUGAGGGAAGGGCGACAGCUCCAGCAGCAUGACUUUACCUCACAGAUCUUCUCAUUGGGCUACUGUCCGUAAAUGGUUUGUGAGCACAGGGAAGGACAACCUGCUGAAUGCAUGGAGGACUCCUUAUGGUGCCAGCAUAUUCCAGUUUUUUUCUCCCCCUCCCACUCUGUUUGAUAUUUGAGUGGGACAUGAGAACUUUUUAACAGUUUUGCGCUUUGUUUUUCUUAAAGCACAUUCUGCAGGCUGAUCUUUUUUUGGAAAUCAGAGGAGCACCAAACUUGUAGAUUUUUUUUUUUUUUUUUUUUUUUUAAAUGGCCUUUUUGUCACAGUGCUCUUACCGGACAAAAAAAAUCACGGUUUCUGUGUGAGAUGGAGCUUCGGCUGCUUUGGACUACUGUGGGAUCGAACGGUGCACUAUGAUUCGUGAAAAGACAUGGAUGUAAAUUUCAUUCAUAUAUAUAUAUAGAAAUUCUUUUUAAAGUGUACUAAGUGUGCUGCUCUGUCUGUGCUAUCUCUCCCCUGUUUGUUUUACCUUGUUAGUUUAAGGGAGAUGGAGAAACAUUUAAGCUUAGCCUAACCCUUGGACCUCAGUUGGCAGCAGAAGCACAGCGACGGGCACAAACUGAAUGACAAUGUGCUUUUUGCUAACUUGACGUAAUGUGGAUGUUGAAUUGCUCCAUUGAUUUCCUGGCUACAGACCAAACUCAAACAGUCCAAUCUGUGCUAUUGGAAUUACUCUGCCCUUUGUAUCUUAUCAAUAUUCCUGGAACGUGUUUGUUUGGCCGUGACGGGGAGACAGGCAGACAUUUGACCCGACUGACUGCGCGGAUCGGUCCGUCUCUACAGACGUGCUCGAUGCCUGUAGAUGCUUGUUAAUAAUAAAAAGAAGAAGAAUGAGGAGGUGGUAAUGGCACUUAAAUAUAAACAACAGAAAAACUCAAGUUAGUGAAUCAAGGUGGUGUAAAAUUCAAACUGUGCUCUUGGUUCUUGUCAGCAUUUCCCACAAGAAAUUAUGAAUGGGGUGAAAUGCACCAGUCCCCUCUGAGUAACACCAAAGUAUGUAGCAAAUGCUGUCGGCACUGAAAAGAAAUGUACAGUUGUUAAUAAAAUCAAUAAAACUGUUUUUCUAGA